AUGGACAGCGUGCUGGACCCCUUCUCUGGACUCGACUCCUUCUCCUCCCCUCCCUAUUUCCACGAUGACGACUUCUUGGACGACGACGUGGACUUCCUCUCAGGUCACUUCCAAGACUAUUACAGCAAAGAUAUAGCACCACAGGAUGGAGACUACGACGUGGGAGACCUGUCCUUCUCCUCCUCCUCCUCCACCUUCUCCUACGGCUGUGCAGACAGCAACCCGGACCUGUCCCCGGGGAUGGGUCGCUGCGUCGGGCCUCUGCUGAAGCGCAGGAGGAGGAUGAGGUCCGACACGGAGAUGCAACACCUGCGACAGGCUGCCAACGUCAGGGAGAGGAGGAGGAUGCAGUCCAUCAACGAUGCGUUCGAGGGGCUGCGAACCCAUAUCCCCACGCUGCCCUACGAGAAGAGGCUGUCCAAGGUGGACACUCUGAGGCUCGCCAUCGGAUACAUCAACUUCCUCGCAGAGCUGGUUCAGUCCGACCUGCCCAUCAGAAGCUCCAGCAGCGAGUCCCAUGUGCAGCCCAAGAAGGUCAUCAUCUGUCACAGAGGAACAAGGUCUCCCUCCCCCAGCGACCCAGACUACGGGCUGCCUCCCCUGGCCGGUCACUCUCUGUCCUGGUCGGAUGAGAAGCAGCUCCGGGAGCAGAACAUCAUCCGGACCGCCAAGGUCUGGACCCCGGAGGACCCCCGGAAACUGCACAGCAAACAGGGCCUCACAGACAUUGAAAACGAGCCUCCCUUCGGCCUGGUGCUCUGA